AUGGUUUUAUCAAAACAUAUUAAUUCUUUAGAUCUAGAAUCUGAAUUAUUAAAAGAUGCUCCGAAAAUUAAAUUAUCUAACGAAGAAUAUUUGAAUGCGUAUGAUUCACAAAUUAAUGUUCCACAAUAUGAAAUUCCUGAAUAUUCAAGUGAUGGAAAAUUAACUUAUAAAUAUUUAUCACAAGAAUUAACUUUAGAUGGUAAUCCAACUUUAAAUUUAGCUUCAUUUGUAAACACUUACGUGGAUGAAAUUCAAACAAAAUUAAUUGUUGAUAAUUUGACUAAAAAUUUAGCUGAUAAUGACGAAUAUCCAAGUUUAAUGGAUGUUCAAACUAGAUGUAUUUCAAUUUUAUCAAAUUUAUGGAAUGCACCUUAUAAAACUGAUGAAAAAACUGGUGAUAAAAUUACAAAUUCAAUUGGUACUGCUACAACUGGUUCUUCUGAAGCUAUAAUGUUAGCUGGUUUAGCUUUGAAAAAAAGAUGGCAAUUGAAGAGAAAACAACAAGGUAAGGAUUUUACAAAACCAAAUAUUUUAAUGGCUAGUUGUGCUCAAGUUGCUUUGGAAAAAUUUGCUUGUUAUUUUGAUGUCGAAAAUAGAAUAAUUCCAAUUAAUGCAAAAUCAAAUCAUUUAAUUGAUGUUUCUGAAAUUAAAAAAAAUAUUGAUGAAAAUACAAUUGGUAUUUUUGUUAUUAUGGGUUCUACAUUUACUGGUUCAUUUGAACCAGUUGAACAAAUUAAUAAUUUAUUAGAUGAAGUUGAAAAAGAAACUGGUUUAGAUAUUAGAAUUCAUGUUGAUGGUGCUAGUGGUGGUUUUGUUGCUCCAUUUCUUUUCCCACAUUUAAAAUGGGAUUUCCAAAUUCCAAGAGUUGAUUCAAUAAAUACUUCAGGUCAUAAAUUUGGUUUAACUUCUGUUGGCUUAGGUUGGGUUAUUUGGAAAGAUGAAGAAUUAUUACCAAAAGAAUUAAGAUUUAGUUUAGAUUAUCUUGGUGGUGUUGAAGAAACUUUUGGUUUGAAUUUUUCAAGACCUGGUUUCCCAGUUAUAACUCAAUAUUUUAACUUUUUAACUUUAGGCAGAGAAGGUUAUGCUAAAAUAUUCGGUGCCGCAAUGCAAAAUGCAAGAUUAUUGUCUAAUUAUCUUGAAAAGACCAAAUAUUUUGAAGUUUUAUCUGAAAUUCAUCAUGAAUUAAAAGCAGAAGAUAAAAAGAAGUUGCUUACCAGAGAAGUUAAAGAUUCAGAUAAAUUAAAAGAGAUUUAUACCAUUUGUGAAAAUUACCAUCCUGGUUUACCUGUUGUUGCUUUUAGAUUUUCAAAAGAGUUUAGAGAAACUUAUCCUGAGAUUCCACAAGAAUUAUUUUCAAUGUUAUUAAGAAAAAGAGGUUUUAUUGUUCCAAAUUAUCAUUUACCUCCAAAUGAAAAAGAAAUCGAAAUUUUAAGAGUUGUUGUUAGAAAUUCAUUAAGUUUAAGUUUAUUAGAAAAAUUGAUUCAAGAUUUUACUGAAAUUGCUGAACUAUUAAUUAAAGCUGCUGAUUCAGUUAGAGUUGUAUUAUCAAAGGAAAAUACUUCAACACUUGAUGAAAAUAAAGAAAAAGUUCAUCAAUUAUUAUUGGCAAUUGCUUCGGGUGGUCAAGCACAAGUUAAACAAAAACAACAUGAAAAAACUGAUCAUAAAGCAGGUAAGAAUAAAACUUCCUAUCGUGGUACAUGUUAA